AUGAACGAAUUUGAUAAUCAACAAGAUAAGAACGUAAUUCGGGAAGACACUGAAGAGUACAAGAGUUCAAAUUUGUCAAGAGAAAGCGGGUCAGAACAAGAGAAUAAUGCGUCAGAGGACUCUUUGGAGAACACUUUAUCCAACAUAACUUCUCAGAAAUAGCUCAUCGAGGAAUAAUGAUAACAAAGGAGACGCCAGCCAAAGAGAAGAACAGUUUCAGAGAAGGGAUUCAGUGGUCAUAAAGGAACCAAGGCCUGACAGCAACAGGAUGAAGAAGUCUUUCAACAAUGAAGAACUGGACCGGUUCUUCAACAGCAAGAAGCGUUCAACUGGGUACUACAAUAUGCUCUUUCAGACAGAGGAGAAGAAGACUGGCCAACCUGAGGAAGAUGAGAAGGACUACUUUGAUGAAUCUAGUAAUGCUUCGACUAAUCCUAAGUCUACUGCUAAGGUAGCACCUAUGCCUGAUAAAAAGGAGAAGGAAGAGCUCAAAAUGGACGCCAUUGAGAGUAUCUUUGUGGUUGACAAGAAGUGUAUUAUUAGAGUCAACGAUCCUAACCGGAUCAAAUGGGACCUGUUUGUAAUGGCCUUAGCCACUUGGAAUUGAUAUACUAUUCCGUUUGAAAUCUCCUUUGAGCCACAAAUAGCUGAAACCACUUGGUGGCUUGUGCUAAACUGCUUUAUAGAUUUCUGCUUCUUGGUGGAUAUUAUCCUCACGUUCCGGACUACUUAUAUUAAUAGUUCAGGAGGAGAUGAAAUAACUGAGCCAAAGGAAAUCGCUAUCUUGUAUUUAAAGAGCAGGUUUUGGAUUGAUUUAUUAUCAACCAUUCCCUUUGAUCUGUUCUUCUCAACAGAAGGAGCUCUGGCUGUCUUCAAAUUGUUUGGAUUGCUCAAAGUAGUCAGAGUUACAAGAUUGAAUAGGAUCAUUAACUUGCUUAGUGUUACGCAUUUUAAAGAAGAUGCAAAGAUGAUCUUGAAACUUUUAAGGCUGGUAUAUUUUCUUCUCCUGUACAUUCAUUUUUCAGCAUGAAUUUGGUGGUAUAACAUCAAAGAUACUAAGAUCUGGAUUCCUCAGAUGGACUUUAUGUUCCUAGCGACUGAGACUUACACCACAUUCAGCAUAGAGCUACAAUAUAUGCAAUGAUUUUAUCACUCAAUUAUUCUUCUUGGAGGAAGUGGAAUUGGGCCGAGAGAUGAUUCUCAAAGAAUUAAUUCAAUCAUCGUGCUUCUUAUGAGUGCUAUUAUCAACGCUAAUAUUUUUGGAAACAUGGCUGUUAUUGUUCAAGAAAUGAACCAAAAAGCAUCAAGGUUUCAGGAGAAGAUUGAUAUUGCUAAUACCUCAAUGAAGAAUAUCCGGCUUCCUCUGUAUUUGCAGAAGAAGGUGAGGGAUUACUUGUUUUAUACACAAAGUAAUCUGGAAACCCAACGAGAGCUGGAAGAUUUCCAGACUAUGAUCUCUCCAAGUCUGAAGUUAGAAGUGACAAGGCAUAUUUUCUUGCAAGUGUUGAUAAGUAACCCUGUCUUUGGAGAUAAUCCUGAGUUAAAUGAAAUGGUUAUUGAGAAAGUUUUAGUUAAUUCGUACCCUCCAGAAGCCAUUAUUACACAGCAAGGAGGCAAUCCUGAUGGAAUGUACAUAAACUCUAAAGGAGAACUAGCUGUUUUGGUCAAGGAUGAGUACAACAAGCAGUCCUUCGUCAGAAUCCUUGAGUCUGGAGAUAUUUUUGGGGAGGUCGCUCUCAUUGCUGAAUGUCCAAGAACUGCAACAGUGCAGUGUCUAAAUUACUGCACUUGAGCCAUUCUCAAAAUUGAAGGCUUUAGAGAGAUCUGCAAACUGUUUCCAGAAUUUUUAACGAAAAUGAGACAGAAGAGAUGAGAGUACAAAGAUAGAUGGAAGACUUUCAUGUUUAAGAUUAUUAACACAGUUUAUUAUUUCAAAAACUUAUCUCAAGAAAGUCUGGAAGAAAUCUUUUACUCUCUAGAAACUGAUUAUUAUGAAAAAGAAACUAUUUUAGUCGAAUCUGGAGAUAGUCUUGAUAAGAUAUGGAUCCUUGUUGACGGCGAGGUUGAUAUUAAUGUCCAGAUGGACACAGGAGAGAUUGUCGUCAUUGAGACUUUAAAGAAGGGUUCGCAUUUUGGACAAUUCUCGUGACUCAUUGAAGCUCCACAGAUGUUCCAGUACCAAGCAAAAACGAAUGUCACUAUCCAGAGUAUCAAUACUGCAAUGUUGGAGAACUUAAGAUUAGAGUUAGCUGAUCUUAAUGAUGAACUAGCAAAUGGUUUUAUCCACGAGUAUGGAGUUCCUGUAUGAGAUUUCAAGGUAAACCACAUCUAUAAUGGGGAAGAUAAGAUAAACCGAUUAAAGCAGAAGUUCAAAGAUUGUGUGAGGAGAGCCUUCGUGCUUAACAUGUACAAAAACAAAAAGACUACCAGACUGACCCAAUUGAUCAUUGACCUGAAGAAAAAGGCUCUCGAGGAAGAGGAAGAAGAGAGGAAAGAAAGGAAACGAGAGAGAUACAAGAAAGACCUUGCUGAUAAGGUCCUCGAACAUAUAAAAGAGCCUGUCCACGACACCAAAAUGACUAAGUUCAUGGAGCUAAAGAUGCAGAACUAUAUUACCAUUUUAAAGGACCAAAUUGAGAUUUUGAAGAGAUUUAACCGAAGAGUGGUCAAGCCAAGAGAACAAAUGUAA